UUUGACACACGCGCUCAAAAGUGAUUACCAAAGGUGCAUUGUUAUUUAUUUAUUUUCUGCGAAUCUGUUCGUUGGGAUUAGUUUGAGUGCAAGAUGCGUCCGCCAUCGCAGUACCCGGAGGAGAUCGCCGCCGAACCGGACCAGGAGCCGGAUCCCAGGAUGGGGGCGAUGAUGAUUUGCACCCGGCUGGCCGGAAGGGCCGUCAUCAGGGUGAUCGGUCGGUGCAACGAGGCGCAGGAAAAUAGCGAGUUAGAUCUAUCGAAAUGCCAGUUGAUGCAAGUACCAGACGCAGUCUACCAUCUGAUGAGGCACACGGAACUGAAGACCUGUGAUUUGAGCGACAAUGUGAUAACGAAAAUACCGCCCAAGUUCGCCGUUAAAUUUAGUCUGAUCACCGAUCUGAAUUUGUCCCAUAAUCAAAUGUCGAAGCUGCCAGACGAAUGUGCCGAUCUCAAAUCAUUGGAGCGGCUGGACAUUUCGUACAACACGUUCAUCUCCCUGCCAAAUUGUAUUUUUAAGAUUCCCAAGUUGCUACACCUCAACGCCAGCAACAACCAUAUUGUUGAUAUAGAAGUAGAAUUUAUGAAGGAAGCCCCGUCGUUGCAAGUAGUCGAUCUCACCAACAAUCCAGUUGGUCCCAGGAUUCAUGAACAACUGUCAGAAAUAACCAAUAUGAAUAUUUUACUCACGCCGAGAGAGAAAGAGGACUGGGAAGAUCUUACUAUUUAAAAAGCGUUGUAUUUAUCAAUGGACACUGCCAUUAUUACUCAAUGCAAAAAGCUUUGUUCGCAAGCCCCACAGGUUGGGACGAUAGUGCAAUAUUUACCAAAUUAAUAAAAAAAAACAUGUGUUAUUAUGUAUAUAUAUAGUCUAGUGUAGAUACGGAACUGACGAAUUUAUACUUAUUUUGCAACAAAGACUUUUUGAUUGGUUGAAUUGUUGGUAGUCUUUCCAACGGGUGCUAAUUUUAAGGCAGUUAGUACAUUUAAUUGAAUGUAAAGUAUUUGUAUUUUUAUAAUUAUUGUUUCCUUGUUGAAGGACUCUAUUUAAAAAGUACUAAUUUACGUGCUUACAUUUAAGCACAGCUGUGUGCAUAAUUUUUAUACUGACUUACGUGUUGUUCAUAUGUAUAUUUGUAUAUUAAUCAUUUUUGUACUUAAUUUGACAUUAUUUGGAUCCAUCUGGUCAUACUGUGAUAGGAAUAGAUAUAUUCUUUUGUUAACGUCUAGAUGUCCGCCAUUCUGAAUGUCAAAUAAAUUUAAACACAGA